AUCUAGUCUUAGCUGACGGGUAAACCUAAUAGACUCAAAACGAAUGGCUCUCUUGAGGGCGAACCACCAUCGGUUGUUAACCACAGCGCCGGUUAACGCCCUCUGUACUAACCCCUUAAUCCAGCUACGGUAUGCCUCGCAAGUCAAAAUAGACUUGUUCAGCUUCCAGUAGCCAGUUCCUCUCUUAACUGUACUAUCAACAUCCAGUGUACACUUGACCAUUCUAUGGUCAGUGUAAGCUACUUGAACGAGCUGUGGACAGCUAAAAUUAAACUUAUCUCCAGUCCUUAUCACUAUUCUAUCCAAGUAAGACUUGAACCUUCCGUCGCCGCUCAUCUAGGUCCACUCUGGAACGUUCGGAUGGUCAGGUCUGUAACGAUCUACGAUAGCCAACGCUAUCGACGUGCGCAUGUCUUAGACGUCGAGAAAAUUGUCGAGGCAGCCACGCAUACGUCCAAAAAUAGAAAUCAAAAAUUUUGACUGGAAUUCGUACGUCAUCGUGGUGGGAGAGGAAGUUUCAUAAGUAAUAUAUAUACAACAAAGAGUAAAUACUGCGGGCGGUAUUUGAAUAAAUUUAAACGAUAACUGAAUCGAAUACUAAAAAUAUUUUUGCUUAAAAUUUAGGCUGAGCCCCUUCUUGAAUCUGCACCCAUCUCAAACUACAAAAAAUAUCUGGAUUUAUUUACAUAUAUUUAUAACAGCUAACAGAAAAAACAACCAUGUCAUCUGCUAAUAUUCAAAGAACCGAAAAAGUAUAUACAGAUAGUGUACCUGUUGACCGCAAUCUAGAUGAAGUCAGUUUAAAUGGACAUGAUAUAUCUUUUUCACCAGUGGAUUUAAUAUAUAAUAUGAACUAUCUUACAAAAGGCUAUGCUCUAGUCAUUAACAAUGAAGUAUUGUCAUUUGGUAAUGCUUGCGAAAUCUCGAGAGAGGAGGUACAUUCUAUGUCAGAUACACUUAAGAUGUAUGGAUUUAAAGUAAUCACUCGGAACAACUUGAAGGUUGGUGACCUCAGACAGAUAUUUAACGAUGUGAGCAAACUGGACCAUUCAAAAUGUGCUUGUUUUAUUUGUAUUAUUCUAACCCGAGGACCACAGCCUGGUACUAUUCAAUGCUCUGAUGAUACUGUCUCCCUAACAGAGUUUUUACCAAUGUUUUUCCCCAACAAAUGCCCAACUCUUAUUGACAAACCUAAAUUAUUUUUCAUUCAAAAUGCAAAUACUUUGGCAAACAGUGCACACAAUUCACAACUGUAUAGUGAUUACACAAUUCCAAUGAUUUCUUUAUCUGAAGAUUUCCUUAUUUCCUCUUGUACUGUAAACUCUGAGAGGAGAGUUGGAGGUUUUAUUGAGAUAUUAAGCAACAGCCUGAAGAACUUUAGAAAGCUGGAACUGCAAUAUAUUCUAAUGCAAGUCAAUAACUUCAUUGUUUCUAAGUCCAAGAACAAUGGUUUAAGAACAUUUACUAAUGCCCCUUCUAUACUUUCAACUUUAACAAAAAAAAUGACGUUCUCAUAACCUCAAUGGUACCCCUCAUUUCCAAUCUUCUGUGGUUAAUUUUCCACUCGAAUUCUAAGAAGGAGGGGUUCACCAUUGAUCAGUCCUCAGUUCCUUCAUCAUUAUAGUCCUCCAGGGCUUAACAGAAGAAUUCAAGUCAUAGAAGCGCCCUGGGAGUGCUUCUAUGCUAAUGACAGGCCAGAAUGGAAAACGGAUGUUAAUCAAUGAUGAUGAUGAUGAUAAAGCAGGUAAGAACAUAUAUGCAAGUUUAAAAUGCGACAGUGUUUUUGUUAUAUCUACAUUCUACACACAUAAAUACAUAAAAACAGAACAAGCAUGUGCAUGCAUGCACACACACACACACACAUACGAACAAGCAUGCACACACACAAGAACAAGCAUGCAGGCACACACACACACACACACACAACAAGUACACAGUUGACAAGACAACACACAGCUGAUAAAACAGCAUGUGCUCACGGAAAUUAGUGAAGUCUGUUUAUAAAUUGUCGACUCAAAACAAAAGAUAGCCUUAAUUUUUCUUUUUUUACAUAUAUAAUUAUAAAGAUAUAAUUAUAGUUAAGGGUUACUGGUAAUGACCAUCACCAGUGCUAGAAAUAGGUGUCAAAUACCUACAACCCAAUCUACAGUUUGUUCUCUCUCUCUCUCUCUGAGUUCUGUGAUGCAACCGAUCUUAUGGUCUGCAAUACCAACUUCAGGAAACCUGCCAGUCACCUAGUCACCUACCGCUCCGGCAGACACUCUAGCCAAAUCGACUACAUCCUCACCAGAAAUAGGGAAAGAGGGCGGCUUAUAAAUGCCAAAACCUUCCCUGGCGAAGAAUGUACCCCACAACAUAGAUUAGUAGUUAGCGACUUCGGGAUCAAGGCUAAAUGGGUGCCCAGAAGUAGACCGGCUUGGAGGAGAAGGGUGUGGAAGCUUAAAGA